CCUUCGUCUGUAUCUCCUUCUCACUUCUCAACUCUUCUUCACUGUUAAACUUCCAAGUUUGAGACUUCGUUUUCAUGGUGGAGAGAUAGACAGCGAUAGGCUUUUUGUGUUUUCACUUUCUGUACAGAACAAAAUCGUAGAGAGGAAAACAAAGCUUAUAACAAAACAGAACAAGAAGAGUGACAGAGGUUUUAGGGAUAUUCAUAAAAUUUCCGCCAUUAAUGGCUGGAAAUAAGGUAAAACAAGCAAUGGGUUUUCAGAAAUCAUCGGCUCCAACAACAACAUCAAAACCAGAAGAAAGAACAACACCAAAACGUACACAAUCAUGUCCAUCGCCAUCACCAGGUAGUUCAACUACAAAACAGAAGACUGUGUUUUCCCGUUCUUUUGGGGUUUAUUUUCCUCGUUCUUCAGCUCAAGUUCAACCUCGUCCACCAGAUGUUAGUGAUUUGCUUAAAGUCGUUGAAGAAUUAAGAGAAAGAGAAUGCCAUCUUAAAACUAAAAUCAUCGAACAAAAGCUUUUGAAACAAUCUGUUGCGAUCGUUCCGUAUUUAGAAAGUGAAAUUACUUCGAAAAAUUCAGAAAUUGAAGUUUGUAAUAAGAAAAUUGAAGAGUUAGAAUGUGAUAAUGAGAGAUUAAAGAAGGAAUUAGAGAUGAAGAUCGAAGAAGAGAGGAAAGAAAAUGAGAAAUUUGUUAAAGAGAUGGAAGUUGAGAUUUCAGAGCUUAAAAAAACAAUCGAAGAACAGAAGAAAACAAUUACAGAACAAAGUCGAACCGAUUCAUCGUUAUCUGCAUCAUCGUCAAACAAAUUAUCAAGUUGCAUUGAAUCUGGUCACAAUGCUCUGCAUUCCAGGUCUAAUUCCACUGAAGAAGUAUUAUCAACAUCACAGAGAUUUAUGGGAUUGGUGGAUGUAACUACGAAAACAAAUCUAGCCGUGAGGAAUUUGAAAAGGGGAGUAGCAUUGAAACCUUUAGAGAUUGUUGCGAAUCAAGACAAUAAUCAACAUAAACAUAUUGAAAUUACAGAUCCGAAGAAAGUAGAAGUGGAAAUUGAGAGGAAUCAUCAUCAAUCUGAAGAAAUGUCAGUGAUUUCUAGUAGUAUUAAAUCUCGAAUCCCUAGGGUUCCUAAACCUCCUCCAAAACCUUCAUCAUCAACAACAACAACACCAUUACCAUCUCCCACUUCAUCUUCAUCAUCAUCUUCAAGUUCUGAUUCUUCUUCAACUGAAGAAACGAACUCUAAAAGCUUGUCUUCAGCUGCGCCUCCUCCUCCACCGCCACCACCACCUCUAACGGGGAGAAAGACGACUGCACCACCUCCACCACCACCGCCUCCUCCUCCAACAGCAAAAAAGACGAAUGUACCUCCUCCUCCACCUCCUCCUCCUCUGGCAAAAAAGACGCUUGCACCCCCUCCACCUCCGCCAUUGCCAUUUAAAGGGGGAAAAAUUGGUCCUACUAAGGUCAAAAGAGUACCGGAAGUUGUGGAGUUCUAUCAUUCUUUAAUGCGGAGAGAUUCAAAGAAAGAAUCCGGAAUCUCUGGGUCUGACACUCCGGCCGCCGCUAACGCUCGUGAUAUGAUCGGAGAAAUUGAGAAUCGGUCUGCCCAUCAACUAGCUAUCAAGUCAGAUGUUGAAACCCAAGGUGAUUUCAUCAAAUCUCUGAUAAAAGAAGUUGAAAAUGCUACUUUCACUAACAUUGAAGAUGUUGUUGCUUUUGUUAAAUGGCUUGAUGAUGAGCUUUCAUACCUGGUGGAUGAAAGAGCAGUUCUUAAACACUUUGAAUGGCCUGAGCAAAAAGCAGAUGCAUUAAGGGAAGCUGCAUUUGGUUAUUGUGACUUAAAAAAGCUUGAAUUAGAAGCUUCAAAUUUCAUUGAUGAUACUAGACAACCUUGUGGAACUGCCUUGAAAAAGAUGCAAACUUCACUUGAAAAAUUAGAACAUGGAGCUUAUAAUUUAUCAAGAAUGAGAGAAUCUUCAACUAAUAAAUACAGGGGUUUUCACAUUCCUACUGAUUGGAUGCUUGAAACAGGAUUUGUUGCUCAGAUCAAACUUGCAUCAGUCAAGCUAGCCAUGAAGUUCAUGAACAGGGUUUCAACUGAACUGGAGGCCGCAGGUGGCGCUCCUGAAUUGGAAGAAUUGAUGCUCCAAGGUGUAAGAUUCGCCUUCCGAGUGCAUCAGUUUGCAGGAGGUUUCGAUGCAGAAACAAUGAGAGCAUUUCAGGAGUUAAGAAACAAAUCUAAAUCAUGCCAUAUACAAUGCCAAAACCAGCAGCAACAAAAACUUUUAUGCAGGUCUACACCUUGCUAACCUGUCGUAAAUAAUCCAGCUUCAAGUCACCACUCUGGAUCCCUCUUGUAAAAAUACGUAAACUACACGUUUAUCGAACAAAUUAUGUAAUACCAGUUUUCAACACUCGGAUAUAUUUGUAUUACAUCACAUGAAAAGAUGUAUUUGUACUGCUUUAUGUACGAGCUAUACAUUUUUCGGAACCGGUUACAUUUCAGAUGCUUCCAUAUCUUAUACUACCAUGUACGAUGUGGGAACGACUUCAAGAGAUGACUCCCCUAAAAAUCAUGUGUAGAACAGCAUGAAGGAAGCUAAGGACUUGUGAUUCUCCAUGGAGAAAGAAUAUUACAGUUGGGAAUA